UUAUAGUAAUAAGUAAAAAAUAUUAGUCAAUUGGUUUGUACUUCAAAAAUAUAUAUUGGUUUCAACUUGUUCUUUUCUGCAAAGUACUUUGAAUAAUCUCUUAUAAUUUACAAGCAUGGUUUAAGUUUGUGUAGUUCCAUAAAAGGUUGGCACAAAUUUAGAAACAGCGUUGACAAAUCGAGGAAUGAGUGAACAUUUAGCAUAAAAUAGACAGAGAAAGAAAUAAUAGGUUUGCUGACUUUUCUAAGGAAGUUUAAAAAAGAUGUCCUACAAAUUGCUGGAAGUUUUCCUACGAGUGCCAAUUAUAUUCUUUCUUGAUUAUUCAUUGAGUUUUGCUCAUGCUGUAUUUCCUUUUUCUUGGUUAAUGUCAUUAAUUUUUCAAAUUUUAGCUAUUACUGUUUGCUGCUGCAUUUUAAUUUCAUCAGCCAGCCAAUUGUAUUGCGUUUAUCAUUUUGGCAUUUUUUUUCUACAUUUGUUUGCAGUAUUGUAUCUUAAUAUUUGUUCAACUCCUAUCACGUUAACAACACUGUUGACUAGUAAUGUAUUACCAAAACACAUUGAUACCUAUAUUCCUACCUUUGCUGCUUCAUGGAUUAUAUAUAUCAUUUUUAACUUGUUGUAUGCUAUCUCUUUUCGAUCUAUAAAACCUUUAGUAGUAGCAUUUGCCCUCAUACCAGUUAUAGAAGAACAAGUCUAUCAUAAAAACGAGACGAUCCCUGUCUUAACUUGCUGUUCAUUUGGAUUGUUAAUAUAUACUGUAUUGCAAACUUGUUAUUGUUUUUUAACACAAUUUGUUGAAUUGGUAACAUACCAAAUACAAGUUAUAACAUUGCGUUUUAGAAUAUAUGGUCCUUUUGUAUUGUUUUUUUUGCAUUGGAGAAGAUUGCGUAUGCAUGCAGUUUUAUCAUUGUUUUGGUUUAUAAUAUGGAAUUACCAGUUAAUUGUUUUUACUAUAUUUAUAGAUGAACCUUUUGAUUUCUCUUUUAUCUUAGCUUGCAGUGCCUACUCGUGUAAUUCUUUUAUAAAGAUAUUAUCUCUCUGUCACAUACUUCAACAUGUUGUUAAAGUUAUUCUCAAAGGUGUUCAGAGAUGCAUAGCUGAUAACCACACGUUUGUGGAAGAUACUCUUCAUCGUCCUAAUGGACUGAGAGAAAGCGUUGGUUUUUUGUUUUUAAGCUUAUAUACAAACUUAACAAAUGUUGAUCCAUCGAAGCGUAUAGUGCUUAUGCAACUUAUUAUCCUGAUACUUAUUUCAGCUUUAGUACGUUCAGUUUUUGAAAUUAUUGAGCCCUAUUUGUUAUCAUUAAAUGGAGGAUCAGUUGUUCACAGCAAAAAAAGACAUAUCAGUUUAGUAACAGCAUGUCUAUUAUUAAUAUUUGUUUCUUUAUAUCUUGGUUAUCUAUUAUAUAACUUAAGAGAGCGUUUACCGUUUAGUAUACCGAAUUUAAUAACUGUAGCACAAAUAACAAGUGCUUUAAUUUUAUAUUUUCUAUAUAUGUAUGAUGCUAGAACUGGAGAAUCAUGGGAACAAUUAGAUGAUUAUGUUUACUUCAUUAAAGGUGGGUGUCGAUCAUUUGAGUUUAUUCUGAUUGUCCUUAUACUUGGUUAUAGGAUUUUAGAUACCACUUCAAAGUGGACAAUUUUUCAAAUUAUUAUGGUGGUACUGCAUCUUUACAUAAAUGUUUAUCUUUCAUUAAAAGAUGGUUGGCACAGUUUACAACUUCGACAUCUUGUUAACAAAAAGUUAAAUAUAUUACCACAGGCAAGUUCUUUAAGAUUAGAGGCGGAAGGGGAAGUUUGUCCAAUAUGCUUAGAUAAAAUGACAUCAGCAAGAGUUACACCAUGUAAUCAUUUAUUUCAUUUUUUUUGUUUAAAAAAAUGGUUGAAUGUCCAAAACAAAUGUCCCAUGUGUCACGCAACUAUACUUCAUAGUUCCGCAUGAUUUUAUCUUACGUAUUAUAGGGUGCUAAUAUAUACUUGUUUGAAGCAGCAAAAAUCUCACGUUAAGUAAGUUAUGAAUGUCCUGAACAAUAUUAAUGCCUAAUUAGAUAUUUUUAGAGCAUUUUAAGUAGAACUAGUCUGCAACAUAAAUAAAAUUUAAAAAAUAUGAAAUUUGAUUUUGAUUACAAGCUCAUAAAUCUUUUGUUCUUUUAUAGUUUAUUAAAGUAUUUAAACUGGUAUGGUUUUUAAUAAUUUUGUACAUUUACAUUGUUAUGUUUAAUACGUUGAUACGGAGAAAUUAUAUUAUUUAAAGAGAAAUUAUAUAAGUCUGAGUUUAGUUCUUUACAAUUUUAACAAUGUCAGAAUGGUUAUAUAUAAGAAGUUAUUUGAACGGUUUGUCAAA